AUGUUCACACAAGCAAGUUCAGUUCUCUUUAUAUGGGCUUUACUAGUCACUACUUGCCUCACAAUCUCACAAAAUAAUCAGAACAUCUUCCUUCCCGCAUCACAACAUACUGUAUCCCAUAUACCUGAAAGUUUGUCUGAAUGCAGCUUUGAAGGUGAAUUCGGGGUAACAUGGUUUCCCCGAUGCCAAUUCGGUGGUCUCACGGGUGGCUCGGUAACAGGUUGGCCUAAAAGUGGCGGCUACUACACUCAUCUCUGUUCUGUAGUCGAACUUAAGUUCCUUGGCCUCGACAGGUUCAAGCCUGUGAACAGUUCAGGCGACCCUGAUGAGGAAGAGGCUCACUGCUCUAGAAUGCGCCAACUAGGGGCAACAUGGUUUAGAGACCUUGACGACGAAAUUGAAAAUCAGUGGAAGUAUGAUCUACCAGAUUCUCCACGGCUGUAUGCUGGGUGGCCAGCCGACGGCGGUGUCUGGGUCUUAUACACUACCUUUUCCCAGACUAAAACAAAAGGCCUGGGAAGGAUUGGUAAUGCCUUGACGAUGGAAGAGCGCUGUAACCUAAUCAAGGAACUUGGGGGCACAUUCUACGCGAAACCUAAGGACUGUCCUUAUCUUGAUCUUGACGACUUGGAUGCUAAAAAGAACAAGUGA